AUGGAGAGCUUCGAUGUCACGGACAUUAGCAAUGCGCUCAAGGAAGUGACCGGCGAAAAGAUAAACAAAAACGUCGAAGCUUCCAAUCUCGCUCGUGAGAAGGGAUGGGUUCUACCCGAGCAGUACGACUACACCAAGUACAACAGUGGUUCUGCUGAGAAGCCGGAAGAGGUCACUGAACAAAGUGAAAUCCCGGAGUGGGCUGCCAAAGCUGCUAAGUAUGAAUGGAACGAUGAGUUCGGUGAUGUCGGUCCUCCCAACAAAGAACUCGAGGAUAUGUUGUUCCGUAACGAGUUCAUCAAUCGUGCUGGCCUCAAGAUUGGCAAUCAAGAACGUAAGUUGUUGCCGUCCCUAGUUAUGAUAUAUCCGUACUCAGUAUUCGACGACUCCAAGUUUGACGACGCUGGUCUCCAUCCUAUUAUGCGCGAGAACAUUCGUCUAUGCAACUAUGAGGUCCCAACGCCUAUCCAGGCCUACGCCAUUCCUGCUGUUCUUACCGGUCAUGAUCUGAUUGCCAUUGCCCAGACGGGUUCUGGUAAAACGGCAGCUUUUCUGAUUCCUGUGCUUUCCCAGCUUAUGGGCAAGGCCAAAAAGCUAGCAGCCCCCCGUCCUAACUUGGCCAACGGCUUUGAUCCUUCAGUCGAUGCUGUUCGUGCCGAGCCACUGGUGCUUAUCGUUGCACCAACCAGAGAAUUAUCCACUCAGAUUUUCGACGAGGCUCGUCGUCUAUGCUAUCGCUCUAUGUUGCGCCCCUGCGUCGUUUACGGUGGCGCUCCCGUGCGUGAGCAGCGUGAGGAACUCCAGAAGGGCUGUGACAUUCUCAUCGGUACUCCAGGCAGACUGCUGGACUUUAUGGACAAGCCUCAUGUCCUUUCUCUUCGCCGGGUCAAGUAUACCAUCAUCGAUGAAGCCGAUGAGCUUCUUCUCUCGGACUGGGAAUCCGACUUCACCAGAAUCAUGUCUGGCGGAGACGUGAACGAGGAUGCAGAUCAUCGUUACAUGAUGUUCUCUGCAACCUUCAACCGCGAAUGUCGUCGUUUGGCCCGCAAAUUCCUUGCGGAAGACCAUGUUCGUAUCCGCAUUGGACGCCCUGGCAGCACCCACAUAAACGUCGAUCAGACCAUCAUCUAUGCCGAGGAUCACCUUAAAAAGCAAUGCCUUUACGACCUUCUUCUGGCAAUGCCGCCAUCGCGGACCUUGAUCUUUGUCAACACGAAAAUUCAGGCCGAUUUUCUCGAUGAUUUUCUAUACAACAUGGGUCUUCCGAGCACCUCUAUCCAUUCCGAUCGGACUCAGCGUGAACGUGAGGAUGCUCUGCGUUCCUUCCGAAGUGCUAGAUGCCCUAUCAUGGUGGCCACUGGCGUCUCGGCUCGUGGACUUGACAUCAAGAACGUUAUGCACGUCGUCAAUUUCGAUUUGCCGAGUGCCGCCCAUGGUGGCAUCACUGAGUAUAUUCAUCGUAUUGGACGUACUGCACGCAUUGGCAACGAAGGCCUUGCAACCUCCUUUUACAAUGACAAAAACUCCGAUAUCGCCCCCGACCUCGUGAAGAUCUUGAUUGAAACCGGCCAGAAGGUCCCCGAUUUCCUUGAGUCCUAUAAACCUGCCGAUGACGUGGUGAAGUUCGACGACGAUACAGAUGACGAGGCUGCCGAUGGCGACGACAACGUAAUCACCAAUAAUGAUGAUGCUGGAACUGUCUGGAGUGGCAUCCCCAUGGAAUCAUCCAGCGACGAUGCCCCUGUCUCUACCGACUGGGAGUGA